AUGAUGGCGGUUGGUGCGCAGAGGGGCGGAGCAAGGGGAGAAACGUACGAGUUUAGCCAGCUGGAGGCGUCCAACUGGUACCAUCCGCUGGGCUUCGCGUACUACCCUGACGGGGCGCACGAGGGGGUCGACGAGCUCGAAGAGGGUAUCGGAAGCGGCGACGCCCCCGUGUAUGUGAUCGACGGCGGGUUGUCCGACCUGGACACGUACGAGCCGCAGUUCUUCUUCCCCGAGGAGACCUGGAUGGAGACCAACUACACGGUAGAGCUCACCGUUACCGACCCGGACGUGACGGAGAUCUUCUACUUCUGCCACAUCCACAACGGCAUGUCCGGAAGGAUCCACAUCGUUGAUGCGGAGGGUGACACCCCGGCGGACACGGAGAUCGAGCUGUACGAACCCCUGGAGUUCGAUGAGUUCGACGAGGAGUGUGGCACCUUCGGCUCUGCCGACUACGCCCCGGCUGACGGAACGUUCGACAGCGAGCUCUGCCCCAACCAGAAGUUCCUGUGCGGAGAUGUGGACAGCAGCUUCGACCGAUGCAUGCACGCCAUCGACUGCAAAAUGAACUACGAGAUGCGUGUCGAGAAGGAGGUUGCCACCAGCAACACGGUGGCGUUUAUGCACCAGAUGAUCCCUCACCACGAGAACGCGGUGAACAUGGCAAGAAUCCUGCUCAAGAACCCGGGUGACGAGGAGCUCGACGAGGAGGUGGCCGCCAUACUCCGGGAUAUCAUCAACACCCAGAACUUUCAGAUCACCUUUAUGCGGGGGUUCCUGACCGACAACGGCGCGGAGCUUGUGGCGGAAGAAUGCGAGAACGACGACAUGGACGGCGACAGCGACGAUGUGCCCGGGUGGGCGAUCGGCGUCAUGGCCGCGCUUGGGGUGCUCUGCUUGUCUCUCCUGGCCGCGGUGGUCGUCAAGAUGAAGGGCAGCAACGUCCACCGCCGUCGCAAGUGGGACGAGACGCUGUUGCGACGGUGUCCAGAGGCACUGACACCCAGAUACAUGGCAGCCACCUGCUGCGUCGAAAACUGCCGGUACGCUGUCUGGGGCGAAGCUACAAAUUGCACCGUCGUAGAGCAGCACGACAACGACAUCAGCGACAACUAUGGGUGCUGGUGCAACCCUGGGCUUGUGGAGACAGACUCUCUCGGGAAUCCCAGUUGCGUACGGAAACCUUCACUAAUUGGCCUGUACGCCGUCGUUGGCGCAAUCGCGGGGUUGGCUGUGGCAUUUGUGCUUUGGAAAGCGAGGGCGCACUGGCUGUUGCCGGAGGCAGCUCAAGCCACGAGAAGAGCUCGGCUGCGCAUGCGAUUAGUUAUUGCGACAAGUCUCUACGGCGGAAGCUCUUCAAUGUUGUUCUUCUUUGCAGCAGCUCGCACGAGGAAUUCCACCCGUUGCGGCAUAAGCCUGCUUCAGGCGCUCUACGCAGUGUCCAUGCCCGUCGUGAUCUGUGGUGGGGCGACCACAAUAGAGAUUUGGGUGGACGCGCUGCCAAAGCAGAUCUUCCUGUUAAACAUGGUGGCCGUCAACCUGACCAGCAUAAUAUCUCGCGCCAAACUCAAUGCCUCCACGUCUGCGAGGUUUUUCUACAACCGCGCACUCCGGGUCUUGUGGGCGGAAGUGCUUACGCUUAGCCUUUUGGCUGCUGUGUGGGCGGCCUCGGUUGUGGUGAUGGAGUUUACGCAAGCCGGACGGGACACCCCUGUCUAUCCCGUAGCCGCGAUGACGAUCGACGCCACCGUUGAGUUCUGCACGGCCAUUCACUUCGCCAGGAUACACGCGACGCGCCACCCUUCCUUCCAGUCCCUGCCCCAACAGCAACGACAAGCGCUCCGGCUCGCGCUGGCGCCGGGAAACACGGGAGUGACUCACACUCUGCGCCUGGGCGGCACGGGGAACGUCAUCUCGGCGUCAACCGGUGGGAGAAGAACAGAUACGACAGCGGGGACACCGUCAAUACCGGAGGAAGAGCUCGCCGAGUGGGACGGCAUCGGCCGCUUCGCGGCUUCCGGCCGGAUGUCAAUGGAAGAAGGGUCCCAGAACUCGGAGGACAGCAUCCGUAAAGGGUGA